AUGACUGACAACAAAAAUGGAAGAGUAAUUUUCAUUGGUCUCACCGAGGAGCAAAUUAUUCACAUCUUCAGCGGGGCCGGCAAAGUCAACAAUUUCCGGCUUAUCACUGAGGGAGACACAGGCAGACCGAAAGGCUAUGGGUUUGCUGAAUUCAACGACACAGAUUCGGCUGAUUCUGCUGUACGUAACUUGAACGGUCACGAAGUAAUGGGACGCGAAUUGCGGGUCGCCUAUUCCAAAGACAGUAGCAAGGAUUCAGACACAACGAACCAGAGCAACCAGCAACAGCAACAGCCAUCGCAACAACAGCAAUCACGGCCAAUGCAUCCAAAUGGGUAUCAGCCCCCACCACCUGGUGCUUUGCCCCCCCUCCCACCCGGGGUAGACCUUCCUGCAGGGCUGACUUGCCCUGAUGCCAUCUCAAAAACACUUUCGGUCUUGCAACCGGCUCAGCUGCUUGAUAUACUGUCGCAAAUGAAAGGCCUCGUCAUGGGUGACCCAGCGCGUGCUACGGAGCUUCUGAAGCAAGCUCCGCAACUUGCUUAUGCGAUCUUUCAAGCCUUACUUCUGAUGGGACUUGUUGAUACCUCCGUGCUCGCCUCCGUAGUCGAGACCAGUAAUCAGCAAACCCAAUCCCAACCCCCGCAAAUGCACAUUCCACCACAAUCUCAAGCACAACCUCAAAUCCCGCCUCCACCUCAAGCUCUCCAGCAGCAGCAGCAGCAGCACCUUCCACCUCGACCACCCCAAGGCUUUCAACCUCAACAUCCACCUCCACCUCCACCUCAGGUAUACCCUCAAUAUCCACCGCAAAUGCAGGGUCAGAUUCAUGCACCUACUCCGCCAGCUUACAGUCAACCAUACCAAGCACCUCCACCUCCCCAACCACCAGUUCAACAGCCACAGGCGCAAGAUGAGCUUAUAAGGCAGGUCAUGGCGAUGACACAGCAACAGAUUGACCAAUUACCACCGGUGGAAAGAGGGCAGAUCAUGGGCCUUAGAGCUCAGCUCGGAGUUCUCGCUACUGAUAUCUUGAAAACUUCAGGCUUCGAGACAUGUACUGAUAAUGGUACCAUCACCGUUCAAAAGCUGGACAUAUCAUUCAACAGGGCUACCAGGCAGGUUGAAUUCGAUGUUGCAGGGAAGAGCAUGGAAGAGCAAAAGGUCACUGCAACCUUGUCAGUCUCUGCGUAUGGCAAGGAGGUGUACAAAAAGGACUUCAAUCCAUGCGAUAGCGCGACUAAAGUUGAGCAACUAUGUCCUGUGCCAAAGGGGGACUUUAAGGCUCAAGGCAGGCAAGACAUACCAACGACCUAUGUCAGUCAGAUACCGUCCAUCGCUUUCAAUGUGCCCGAUUUGGAAGGACAAGCCAAACUUUCACUCAGGGCCAUUGACGACCAGAAAGAGCUUGCAUGCAUACAAUCAGAUGUCCACAACGGAAAGACAAUGGCUGUGCCUGGACUCUCAUAUGUUGCAGCUGGCAUUGCAGGUUGCGCCUUACUCCUAUCUGGUGCCGCGGCGCUCGCGAAUAGUGGAAGCGCUGCAGGCGGCCAUGCUCCCAAUCCUGGAUUUGGUACUGUCAUUUCCUGGUUCCAGAGUAUUGCUAUGAAUGGAAUGAUGAGUGUUCAAUAUCCACCAGUCUACCAGAAUUAUGCCAAGAACUUUGCCUUCUCUGGCGGGCUGGUUUCGUGGACGGGGUUUCAAAGCUCUAUCGACAGCUUUCGAGGGGCCACUGGGGGCAAUCUGACGGAAGAUAACGUGCUAUAUCUUGCAAAUGCCUCACUCGUUCACACAAGCGAACCAAAUCAUGAAACGAAAAAUAUUUCCAAACGCAGUCUGGACCUGGUUCUUGCAGCUUUCGAGCCAUUAUUAAUUUCUCGGGAUACUGCUCUUUCGGUCAACGGUAUGCAGGCAGGCAAUGGUACCACAAAAGGGGGAAAUGGGACUAGUUUCGAUAGUAAAACCACUCAUUUCGUUCACGGAAUUCAGGGUUAUGUUGAGCAACUCACAAUACCUCAAGCCAACACCUUCAUGACCGUGCUUCUAGUGUUCGCGACUGUAAUUGCCGUCAUCGCCGUGGCAAUUCUGCUGUUCAAGGUCAUUCUCGAGACCUGGGCUUUGUUCGCCUCGUUUCCUAAGAAACUUACUGGCUUCAGAAAGCGAUACUGGGGCCUCCUUGGCCGAACCAUCACUAAUCUAGUACUGUUGCUGUAUGGUGUAUGGACCCUCUACUGUAUCUUCCAAUUCACAAACGGAGACUCAUGGGCUGCCAAGCUUCUCGCAGGUCUUACCCUCGCAGCUUUCACAGCUCUUCUCGGCGUUUUUACUUUCCGAAUUUGGCAACUUGCGAGACGAUUCAAAAAGCUGGAAGGAGAUACUGCUGCACUUUUCGAGGAUAAGGAGACAUGGAGGAAGUACAGCUUAUUUUACGACAAUUAUAAGCGCGGCUACUGGUGGAUCUUCAUACCUGCUAUCAUCUAUAUGUUCGCGAAAGGCUGUGUCAUCGCCGGAGCUAAUGGCCAUGGCUUGACUCAAACGGCAGGCCAGUUGAUCGUGGAAUCCAUCAUGUUGAUUUUGGUUCUGUGGUGUCGGCCAUUCGUCCAGACUUCUGGCAAUGUUAUCAAUAUUUUCAUCCAGGUGGUUCGAGUGCUCUCCGUCGUCUGUAUCCUGGUGUUCGUAGAAGAGCUCGGUAUUUCACAAUCAACAAAAACGAUUACUGGCGUCGUCCUUAUCGCCGUCCAAUCAGUACUCACAGCUGUACUAGCAAUCUUGAUUGCUGUCAACGCAAUCAUCGUUUGCGUGCGAGAGAAUCCACAUCGAAAGCAGCGCAAGGAAGCUGAAAAGCUCCUCCACGACAAUCUCACCACCCUUUCCCCGCGAAAUACCCUUCUAAUGAAUGAGACCGCCUACAAAGACAAGAAACUUUCGGUUAGAGCUUACCCUGUCAGUCAAAAUGUUUCGGACGAUCACGUGCCUUACGACCACGACAUACCAAAACCUAGCGGGCUCUUUUACGGCAGAGAUAGUAUGGCUGCCAGUUCCGAGACCCUGGUCCGCCAUGCAACACCCAUGGGCAUUGCGGCACAGAGAAACGAGAGGAGCGUAAGUAGAUAUAGCGCGAGGAUGAGCAGGCAGCCCACUGUCCCGAAUGUUGGGCAGGCAAUGUAG